AUGAAGAUACUCCCCAGAGACAAAUUACCAGAUAUUAUUCCAAUUGGGGUUUGUAUUCAAUAUCUUCCAAAUUCCAAACAUUUUGACCUGUUUGGCCAAAAUACUCGCAAAUUGAGGCGUAUUCCAGUAACACUACUCUUGACUAUGGUGGUGAUGCUAAUGGGCCUUUCAUAUGGAAGCAUUCCAAGAAAGAUUGUACCAAGAACUGAGGAGGCAACAUCAAUGAACUAUGAUGUUCUUAGUGAGUUUAGGGGCAUUUUAAAGUACUCACCCCUUUUCUAUGGCUACUACAACAGUGAAAGAACUAUUGGACCUCUAAAAUUUAGACUUCCCUUGGGCUAUUUUUUAUGUGGUGUUGGUGUGUUUGGAUACAGCUUAGUAGUUUUGAUAAGAACAAUGGCAAAAAAUAUGAAUGAAAGCGCAGUUGAUGGAGAUGAUGACAAUUUUACAUUCAGUUGGAAGAUAUUUACUAGUUGGGAUUAUCUUAUUGGCAACCCAGAAACUGCAGAUAACAAAUUUGCUUCAAUAACAACUAGCUUCAAGGAAACUAUUGUGGAAGAGCAAGAGAACACAAAGGAAGAAAAUGUUCAUCUUCGACGCUUUCUAAUCAUAUUGGCAAAUCUUUUGGUUCUCGCCUGUCUUGGAGGAAGUGGCUACCUCAUUUAUUUUGUUGUACAGAGAGCACAAGAAUUUAAAAAAUUGGAUAACCCGAGCUGGUAUCAGAAUAAUGAGAUAGAAAUUGUAAUGAAUUUGUUGUCAAUGUUUUGCCCUCCAUUGUUUGAAACAAUAGCUGCGUUGGAAAAUUAUCAUCCUAGGUUGGCCUUGAAAUGGCAUCUUGGACGAAUAUUUGCAUUGUUCCUGGGAAAUCUGUACACCUUCCUUUUGGCUUUAAUAAAUGAUGUUAAUGCACAAUUAGUAGAGGAAGGAGCAGUAAAGAACCAAACUGAAAUAUUGUUAAACAGCCUUUAUAACUCUUCGCAAAGCAAUGGGAGCACAUCAACACCCUAUAUUCAUCCAGCUGAUAUGCCCAGAGGUCCCUGCUGGGAAACUAAUGUGGGAAUUGAGUUUGUAAAGCUGACAGUUUCAGAUACACAGAUGACGUAUCUCAUGAUUCUUGUAGGAGACUUUGGACGAGCAGUCCUGGUUAGAAUUCUCAACAACUGCUGGUGCUGGGAUUUAGAAGGUGGAUUUCCAUCCUAUUCAGAAUUUCCUGUAAGUGAAAAUGUUCUUGGCCUUAUUUUCAAUCAAGGCAUGAUAUGGAUGGGCAUAUUUUAUGCACCUGGACUGAUAGUUGUGAAUGUUCUACGUCUCUUCUCUUCAAUGUACUUACAGUGCUGGGGAGUAAUGAGCAGCAACGUCCCACAAGAACGUUUUUUCAAAGUUUCAAAAUCAAACAAUUUUUACAUGGCUCUUCUACUACUUAUUCUAUUCAUGAGUCUGCUGCCUGUGGCAUACACAAUAAUGACCAUAACGCCAUCCUUUGACUGUGGACCUUUUAGUGGAAAAAACAGGAUGUAUGACGUUCUACAGGAAACCAUCCAAUUGGAUUUUCCACCUUUUAUGACAACAGUACUUGGCUACGCAUCUAAUCCAGGAAUCAUCAUAGCAGCAGUUAUCCUAAUGGUUCUGGCUAUAUAUUACCUCAAUGCUAUAUCAAAGGCCUACAUGAGAGCUAACUUUGAGAUGAAGAAGAAAAUGCAGACGAAAAGAGAGGAGGAAAAAAGCAGAAGGAACAAUACAGUAUCAACCAACGAAUUAAUGAAAGAUUUAGAAGACCUUUUGCCUCCUAGUGUAAGAUUUGGUAUAAAAAAAGAACGUGAAGACAAAGAGAAUGGAAAACUGCUUACUGCAAAUGCAAUCAAUGAAACUAAUACUAAAAACGGGAAGCUGACUGUACCUUUUCAAAAGGGCCCACGAGUAAUGGUUACAGAACCACCUAGAAAAACUACACUGGUAGUAACAACCUCCAUGAGGAAGCCAAAUGUUAAAGCUCCUCCGCCACCGCCACCUGGAAAAGGCAGAGGGCCAGCUCGUUCAUGAUACAUAGGCCAACUACAGAAUUCAAAUAUAUCUUUCAUAUCCUAUAAAAGCUGUACUUUAUCCAUACAGCUA